AUGGCCAACCUUCCUUCCGAGCCCGAGUUCGAGCAGGCCUACAAGGAGCUUGUCAGCACCCUUGAGGACAGCACCCUCUUCCAGCAGCACCCCGAGUACCGCACCGCCCUCGAGGUUGCCGCCGUUCCUGAGCGUGUCAUCCAGUUCCGCGUCGUCUGGGAGAACGACGCCGGCGAGCUCAAGGUCAACCGUGGUUUCCGUGUCCAGUACAACUCUGCCCUCGGCCCUUACAAGGGUGGUCUUCGAUUCCACCCUUCCGUCAACCUGUCUAUCCUCAAGUUCCUUGGUUUCGAACAGACCUUCAAGAAUGCCCUGACUGGCCUUAACAUGGGCGGUGGCAAGGGUGGUGCUGAUUUCGACCCCAAGGGCAAGAGCGAUGCUGAAAUCCGUCGCUUCUGCCAGUCUUUCAUGCGCGAGUUGAGCAAGCACAUUGGUGCCGACACUGAUGUCCCUGCUGGUGAUAUCGGUGUUUCCGGCCGCGAAAUCGGCUGGCUGUUCGGUGCCUACCGCCAGGCCCGCAACCGAUGGGAGGGUGUCCUGACCGGCAAGGGCCUCACCUGGGGUGGCAGCUUGAUCCGUCCUGAGGCUACUGGAUACGGUCUUGUCUACUACGUUGAGCACAUGCUCGAGGUUUCCGGCAACGGUACCUUCGCUGGCAAGCGUGUUGCCAUCUCUGGAUCCGGCAACGUCGCUCAGUACGCCGCCCUCAAGUGCAUUGAGCUCGGCGCCAAGGUCGUCUCUCUGUCCGACUCCAAGGGUGCUCUCAUUGCUGAGGGCGACAACGUCUUCACCCCCGAGGACAUCAACACAAUUGCCGGACUCAAGGUCGACCGCAAGGCUUUGACCGCCUUCGACCACCAGAGCAAGUUCCGCUACAUUGAGGGUGCCCGACCCUGGGUCCACGUCGGCAACGUCGACGUCGCUCUGCCAUCCGCUACUCAGAACGAGGUCAGCAAGGAGGAAGCCGAGGUCCUUGUCAAGAACGGUGUCCUCGCCGUUGCUGAGGGUUCCAACAUGGGCUGCACCCAGGAGGCUAUUGACGUCUUCGAGGGUGAGCGCCGCGAGAAGGGUGCCAAGGCUGUCUGGUACGCCCCCGGAAAGGCUUCCAACUGCGGUGGUGUCGCCGUCUCUGGUCUCGAGAUGGCCCAGAACAGCCAGCGCCUGCCCUGGACCGAGAAGGAGGUUGAUGACAAGCUCAAGGACAUCAUGAAGAACGCCUUCUACAACGGUCUCGAGACUGCCAAGUCCUACGUCAAGUCCCAGGAGGGCGAGCUUCCCAGCCUGGUUGCUGGAAGCAACAUUGCCGGCUUCGUCAAGGUCGCACGUGCCAUGCACGACCAGGGCGACUGGUGGUCCAAGGCUUAA